CUGCGGCAGCCAUCUUCCAGUAACUCGCCAGAAUGACAAACACAAAGGGAAAGAGGAGGGGGAACCGCUAUAUGUUCUUCAGGCCUUUUAGGAAGCAUGGAGUUGUUCCUUUGGCCACUUACAUGCGAAUCUACAAGACAGGUGGUAUUGUAGACAUCAAGGGAAUGGGCACUGUUCAAAAAGGAAUGCCUCAUAAGUGUUACCAUGGCAAAACCGGAAGAGUCUACAAUGUCACCCAGCAUGCUGUGGGCAUCAUUGUAAACAAGCAAGUUAAAGGCAAGAUUCUUGCCAAGAGAAUUAACGUGUGGAUUGAGAACAUCAAACACUCUAAGAGCAGAGACAGCUUCCUCAAGCGGGUAAAGGAGAACGACCAGAAGAAAAAGAAAGCCAAGGAGAAGGGCACCUGGGUUCAGCUGAAGCACCAGCCUGCCCCACCCAGAGAAGCACACUUUGUGAGGACUAACAGGAAGGAGCCUGAGCUGCUGGAGCCCAUUCCAUACGAAUUCAUGGCCUAAUGUACAAAAAGAAAUAAAAGACCUGGACUGUAAAGG